AUGGCUUCCUCUGCUCCUCCAUGUGCCGGCGCCCAGCCUCGCGGGGUUGAUAAGGACCUCGAUGGCAGUGCCACUGCACUCCAGCCGUUCUAUGCAAACGGCUACGACAUGGCCUUGAGAUUCAAUACCGAUGGACUUGGCAACACCUACAUCGGCAUUGUCAUCGCGUGGACGUGUCUCUUGCUCCCUGCCGCCAUCUUCCUCAUCCGUCACCGAAACCUGCCUUAUCUGCGCAUGCGCAAUAUCCCGCUUGCAAUCAGUGCAGUCGCUACUCUUCACGUCUACUGGGUUCUUUGUAUGAUUGCAUAUGUCCUGAAUGGAUAUUUCCCAUGCGCCACGGAAUACUGGAUCAUGAGCAUUUACCUGCCGCUGGGGAUUGCUUUAUUCCAUGCGACAAAUACUCAACUGCUCUCCAUAGCCACGGCCCAAAAGAGAUAUGCCCGAGGUGAUGCCCUGCUGGAGCCGCAACUGUCAAGGAAACCAACUGCACGAGGUUGGCGGAAGUGGUGGGAAACUCUGAAGGCAUAUAAUGCCACAAAGAACACCAUGGCAUGGAUCGGAAUGGGUAUGCUUGUGCAACUUUUCGUCACCUUGUUUGUAUUCCUCAUAUCCCGAAAGUUUCACCCUAGCUUUGGCAUCACGGGAGUGGUGACCUCAAGGGCCGCCUGCCGAAGAGGAUGGGAAUGGUGGCCUUCAAUUGCCUGGCAGCUCUUUUGGGCCUGGGUUUAUGCCCCUAUUCUUCUUUGGCGAGUCCGUGGAAUUGACGAUGUUCAUGGCUGGCGGUCACAAACUGUGGCUUGUGUCAUUGCUGGAAUGCCUGCCUCCCCAAUGUGGUUGAUUGCACUUUACGCCAGUCCCAUGAAAGCAGUGAACAAAUACUUUGCUCCACCUUUAUGGUUCUCUGCCUCUAUUGUGAUCAUGCAAGCGUGCGUGAUAUUCGUGCCAUUUUGUCAGAUCUUCAAGAACCGAAAGCUUGAAAGGGAAACACGAGAAAUCAUUGCAGAAUGGGAAGAGAAGAACAAAACAGAUGGCUCCUUCACCUCCAGUUCGACAAAAGUCGAAGCCCGGUCAAGAUUCACAAGUCGCCAGUCUGUCAAAAGCACCACCAACAGUCGUCAAGGGGAGAUGUACACCAUGAGUGCCCUAGAGAAGACUCUGCAAUUGAACCCGUCCCCUCUACUCAUGUUUUCGGCAUUGAAAGACUUCUCCGGAGAGAACAUCAGUUUCUUGAUACACGUGCGUCAAUGGAAAGCGAAUUGGAUGUCUGCGAGUCCCCGCUCCGGCUUUCUACGCAAACAGGAACCCUCGAAACCUCACGAUCCAGUCUUGAUCCGUCAACAAUUCCAACUGGCCGUCGGCAUCUACGCUUCGUUCGUCAGCUUAAGGUACUCGGAAUUCCCCAUCAACAUUUCGUCUGCUCAUCUCCGAGACCUCGAAGGCGUUUUCGAACAAUAUGCUUCCCUGGUCUGCGCCGAGCCAGCCGCCAAUGCCGCGACUCCGUUCGAGAACCAUUGGUCUUCCAACUUCUCAGAUGACCUGGAAAGUCAAGGCGGCAAGGACGGAUUAUCCAUCGUGUCGACGGCGGUCGGUGAAGGUGCACGGGACGAGCUGAUGAAGCCUGACUCAGAGCGUGUCGGCCAGUUGCAGGAGCUCAAGAUGACCAAUUUCGGCGACCGACUUCCUUCCAACAUUGGAAUUCCCGACACAUUCGGUCCCAACGUCUUCGACAAGGCUGAGCUCAGUAUCAAAGAGUUGGUCUUGACCAAUACUUGGGCCAAAUUCGUCAAAGCCGGGUUCGCGCAGAACACUACUCAGGAAGGCUUCGCCGCACGGUUUCAAGCAGCGGUCGAAUCCUGUCGACGCAGACUUCCCAAAGUCGGCGGUCGCUUUCGAAGAUGA